AUGUCUGAAGCACCGUCUCAUCCGCCACUUCCCGCCUCCGAGGCAACUCCUUACUGGUGCUACCACUGUGACAAACACGUCUCCGUUGAAACGGUCGCUAAUGUUCCUGACGUCAUCUGCGGCGACUGCAAAAACGGUUUCGUCGAAUCCAUCUCCACACCUUCUCGAGCUCGCUCCCCUUCUUCCUCCUCCGAUGAUCCUUACUUUGGUUCACAGUUUCUUCAGGUUCUUCGCCUAAUCGCUGAGUCGUCGCGUGAAGACGACGCGUCUCCUCCGCCUCCUCCAAGUCGUUCUCCGGAGGACGAUUUUCUUAGAAUCGAACUCGGUGGUUGGAACCACAACGACGAUGAAGAUGAUGAUGCGUUUCACACCGACGGAGAAGAUGACGAAGGUAGCGUCGAGGAGGUGGAAGAUCGACCAGGCAACGAUGAUCCGAAUAUGGAUGAUGAAGAUAUGAGACGAAGGAGACGCGAUCUGUUAAGGCAUCGGAUUAGGGAUUUGGCAACGCGAACCCGAAGCAUGCAGAAUCGGAUCUUGGAUUGGGCCGAGAUUUUAAUGGGAUUGGAAGACAAUUCUAUUGAAUUUCGUCUUCAGGGACUGGAAUCGGAGCGAUAUGUCGGAAAUCCAGAGGAUUACGUUGAUGCUGCGGAUUAUGAAGCGUUGCUGCAGACGCUAGCGGAGAGUGACGGAAGUGGGAGGCGAGGAGCUCCGCCAGCUUCUAAGUCUGCUGUGGAAGGUUUAAUGACGGUUAAGAUUGCGUCCGAGAGUGAAGUGGUUGCUUGUGCUGUAUGUAAGGAUAUGCUUGGUGUUGGAGAUAUGGCAAAGAGAUUGCCGUGUGGGCAUGAGUAUCAUGGAGAUUGCAUUAUUCCAUGGUUGAGUAGUAGAAAUUCGUGUCCUGUUUGCAGGUUUGAGCUUCCAACAGAUGAUAAAGAGUAUGAAGAAGAGAGAGCUUCGGGUUCGGGUCGUGGUGGAGCUUCCGCUGUUUGA